UAAAAUCAGGAUUUCCCAAAUAAUCGCAACUACUUAUUCAUAUCAGAAACUUAUGGAUAUUUAAUUUAGUUGUUUAAUUUAAAAACUCGUUUUGAAGAACGUUUUAAAUAAUCUAAAUGUUCGCAUUAUAUUAAUAAAACCACAAUGAAAUGUUUACGUUUAACAACAGUAUUGUGCAUUAUAAAUCUGAACUACGCCAUAAAUUUAGAAGAGAACGUAUCCUUCAAUGACCCUUCUUACGUCCGUUUUGAUCAUCGAGAAACAACCUCCUGUGGACAAAGGGGAGGAUUUUACAUGAACAGAAUUGUGGGCGGUAAAGACGCCACUAAAGACGAAUUCCCCUGGCAAGUAUCAAUACAGCUCAAACGUAGAAGCUCACAGUCUCAUUUAUGCGGUGGUGCUGUCAUUAACAGGGAAUGGGUGCUAACCGCAGCCCAUUGCAUACAUGAAGUCGACCAAAGUAAGCUGAGUGUUGUAGCUGGAGCUUACGACUUUUACAGCCCCAGUGUGCAAGAGCAGCGGAGGAACGUUACCAGGAUUAUUGCCAACAAUUUCGAUUUCCCUACGUUUUACAACGACAUACUCAUGGUUAAAGUGUCGCCACCCUUCAACUUGAACACCCCGCACGUUUUGCCCAUUUGCUUACCAGAGCCUGAACAAAAUUUCACAGGUGUGGCCAUUGUGACUGGCUGGGGGCGCCUAUCGGAGACCGGAAGGUCUGCUUCAACCCUACAGAAGGUCAGCUUACCCUUAAUAGACAAGGAUGUGUGCGAAAGGAAGUACACCAGAUUGGGCCUUUCUAGGUAUUUAAAUGAAUGCCAAAUCUGUACGGAGUACAGAAAAGGUGCCAGAGACGCUUGUCAGGGAGAUUCUGGAGGUCCCCUUAUAUGCCAAGGAGAUGAUGACUCUUAUUAUUUGUGUGGCAUUGUUAGUUGGGGUAUUGGCUGUGCAAGACAAAAUCAUCCCGGCGUUUAUUCCAAGGUAUCCUGCUACAUACCAUGGAUCAAUUACAUAUUAGACACCAAAUAAUACAAAUAAAAAUAAUUUCAUGUAUAA